GCUUCUUGUCUUUGUAAGGUGCACAGGGAUGCAUUUUAGAGCAUGCUGCAAGGAAAUUUUCACCAACAUGAUCAUUAAUUUGCGGAUUUAUUUUGCACAAUACUGAUAGACGGAAGCAAUUUUUGUAAUGGAUUUAUUCAUAUUUUGUUUCAGAAGUCUUCUAGCUGAAAGGAGUUCUAUUAGGCUCGACAACCUCAGCCAUCUGAAAAUGACUGACACAGCGGGUGGCUAAGAACCUUGGCGGUGUUUCCAUCACUGUUUUCUUUGAGAAAACAUAAAGAAGCAAACAUGGGCUGCUCACCAUCAAAAGGUAACAAUUUUGGCACCUUGGAAACCACAAGGAAGGGGAGGAUGCUACCCUUUGCGCCUCAAGAAAUGGACUCACAUCUCAAGGAUGGAAAGGAUUAUACAUCACCUGAAUCUUUAAAUGAAGAUAUAAAGGAGAGAAAAGGAGCUCCGCCCAUCCAGGCAUUUCAGACGGAGGCACAAAUGACCCCACAAAAAAAGAGGCCUGCCGCUAAACAGGUGAACACAGAAGCAGUGAACAUCAACAAACUAGAAAAUCAGGUAAUAGACAACAAAACAGUAUCACUAAGAAAAGAGAAAAUCAUUGACAAGCAGGAUUUAUCAGAUAAAAAACCUUGGAAAAAGACAAAGAAAAAUGCCAAGGYUGCAAAAACUCCUAAAAGGAAAGACAUGGAUAAAAGCAAUGUGUUUACAGAUCAAAAAGUGGACUUUCCAGAACCUUUGGUGAAAGCUCAUCAAGCUGCCUAUGCCUUUUUAAACCCGAGCAUAAACAAAUAUGACUCUCUACUUGGACUUUUGGAGCAAGUUACCCAGACUCAGGUCUCUGUGCAGACAAUGGUGGCCUUCAUGGCUUUACGCUACGAGGAAAUUAUUGAGGGACUGGGAGAGAUGGCAGAGGAGGGAGAAAAAGUUUUAAAAGAACACGGAGAACAUCUUGCUUGGCCAAGCCAAAUGAAAAAUCUCUCAUCUUCUCCACCUGGAAAGUUUGGCUCAGUUAAUGCAGAACCUCCACCAGAUUUGCUGCAGCAGCUGCUACAGUACACCACACAGAGAAUGAGAAAUGUGAGCCGCACAGUUGGUGGCAUUGGAGACUCAGCUUUGGAGGAAGCAGUGGAGUAUUUUGCCUCAGUGUCCGAACUUUUAGAAGAUAAACUGAAAGUCAAACAUGCAGCUGAGGUUCGAUUAAUGCAACUCUUAACCCGUAUUGAAAUGGCCUCUCUGCAGAAGCCUGGCCCAGAAGAUUCUGCUCUGUUUAGUGAGGACAGCGGUAUUGGAGCUGAGAAUGAAUCCUUAAAUGGAUCUGAAAAACGUCAUAGACGAGGGAGCUGUGAAUCUGCUGGGACCAUCAGAAGUACAGUCAGUCACAGGGAGCGUACCUCCAGGAACACAAAUAGAGCAUCAAGGCAAAAGUAUCAGACUCAAAUAAGUUCAAGUGUAUCCCUCACUUCACUAAACUCACUUGAUUCUACAUGUACUAUAAUGCCCAAUGACCAAAGAGACUCAAUAUUAGGAUCAGUCUCCUUGGACGAUGGGGAAGAUGACAACAAUGAUGAGGACGUGGUAGAUAGAAARGUAGGGGAUGUGCAAAUAGCAUUUAGAAUGCGAUCUAAUUCUUCACCUGUCAGCAGUGAAAAACCUCCUCACCGCCUACCCACAAAACGCAUAGAAAAUCCACAAAAUGUAGAAAUGACUCUCAAAAUGAAAAAUGCUAUAAGUGGUAAAAUACAGUUUGUACCAAAACAGAACACCAGUGCCAACGCCAAAGUAUUAGGAAGCCCCAAAACCAUUAGACGUGAGUGGACAGACGAGGAGCUGCAAUCUCCAAAAAGGCCUCAAACAUCAGCAGCUGUACAGAGGCCGGGAGGGAAAAAGAAUCCAGCGACAAGAGGGCAACGUUCCCGUUCAGCAGAAUCACUCCGAAGUAGAGGUGAAGAUCCUACACUGCUUGAACUGGAAAGGACACAGAAGGACUUAAACCAGAGGCUACAGAGGAUGAGUAAAAGCAAAGUGGUAGAAAAUGCAAGAAUUGCUCCAAGUAAACCUGCUCAAAAUAAAUCACCAGCACAUCCUCCAGCAARAAAUCGCAAACAUCCCUCCCAAGGUAAGGACAGUAAUACCAGGCCACUUAAAGAUAAUAAGAAAGUUGAGCCAACAAACAAUAUGGAGGAGGAUAAACAAGAGGAGAAAAAAACAUCCAAAGGUCCUAUAAAAGCCACCCCACCACCUAGUCCUCCUUCAUCACCACGACCAUCUUCUGGCCUUCAGAGAGGCAGAAAUUCUGUCAAAAAACUGAUUGACACUUUCAGUCAAGGAAUAGAGGAAAGAGAAGGUCCUAAAGCUCUUGGGGCUCUGAAAGGUGUACGAAGAUGUGGAGUUCCAGUUCUGCCUGGUUUAGGAAAUGUAGAGGCUGUGCUCAGUGCUGGUAUAACAAGCUGUAGGCCUGAGUCCACAACGRCAGAGAAAAUGGAUUACUUAGAUCUGGACAGUCUUCCUCCACCUCCACUGGAAGUACUAAUGGACAAUUCUUUUGAAAGUGCCCAGAGUGAAUUAACUGCAGCAGGAGAUGGCGCUACAAAAGUAAGAAAGUCACCUAUGCUAAAAAGAGCUGUCUUAUCAAACCGACUGAGGGCUUCAGUUCAGUCUGUCACAGUGCUACCAAGCAAAGGAGGACUGCCACAAUCUUCAAAGGUUGUUUCUACACCUAGGUUGGAUCAACAAGAGGCAUCUGCUUUGUCAAAGGUCAACCAAUCAGAUGUUCAGUCACAUCCAGGAAUGGCAGCAAAUUCUUUAUACCAGCAGGCCAAAAAGAUUAUAAACCUACGACAAUCUUCAGACCCAAACCCAGAGAGAUCAUCAACAAAAUGUAUAGCAACAUCUAAAAUUCAAGGAGAAUCAACAGUGCCUGAAUCUAACACUCCAGCAUCGACAGUGCCUCCUGCUUCAGUAGCCACCAGCCAACCACCUGCCACAUCAUCAAUCUCCAGAGGUCGGAUCCUUCCAUCAACACCAUCCACCUCAAACAGCUUACAUCGACGGCUUCCCAGUCCCCAUUAUUUAAAAAACCAGUCCAUGCCACCCACAACUGUAACUCCCACUGUUAACAGGACACUCCCUACAUCACCAGGUCUUCAGCGGAGACUUCCCAGCCCACCUGUUUUAAAGCAGAAUGUUUUAAACUCAAACUCAGGCUCACCUUACCCUUUCAAAGCCCCAUCUCCACCAGCAUCSCCAAAAAUACAAAGACGGUCAAGCGAGAACAGCAACGAAGACUCAUCCAGUGCUCGAACGUUCAGUAAUGCUCGCUCCGUUUUUUGCCCCAUCUCCCCAUCUUUGUUUGAGGCCCAGCCCUGUUCGGGUCCCCAACCACCUCAAGCAUGGACUUCUACCAGAGUUUCCAUUCUCUCAAGAUUAUGGGGGAGUCGGGGGAGGGUCCCUGUGUCUGAUCAUGGAUCUCGACCCUUUGUCCGACGGAGCCAGUCAGACCGAAGACCAAGUCUGAAUAUGACACAACAAUCUCAAGGCAUUUCUGUGGCUGAAACUUGUGGGAGUGAGCCAGCAAUAUAUUCAAAAGGGCUGGACAAUGAACCAAUCAGGGGAGAUGACUUAUGGGGCAGCCAAUCAGAACUAAGAGUGACAGCACGAUCUGCAUCACACCCGGACCUMUGUGUUGUUGGACAGGCCUUGCACAGGGACUAAAGGGGACCAACACUGGGCCAGUGGGAUUACAGAUUAGCAGGCCUUACUGAGGAUUUACCUUGAUUGUGUUUGUUCCACUGGGAAGAGAAGAGGCGCUAAUUCCAUCCACUAUGGCGUGGUAACAAAUCUACAGAGGUCCAUGUUUGUGUGUUUUCAUUAAGAUGAUUUGAAGUGAAAUUACUGGUUGUGUUUGUGCUCAUGCAUYAAGUCUGAUCAAGCUUACCUUUAUUUCAAUCAGGUUAGACUUUAAAAAACUUCUAACUAAAAAGAAACUGUAAGUAUAUAAAAAGUGAAAAUAAAAAAUAAAGAUUUGGGGCCAAAUAUGUAACAGAAUGUAUAGAAAAACAUGUUUGUUAGAAACUGAACAAAAAAUAAAUCCAACAUAUGUGAUUUUUUUUAA